AUGGCAACAGUCUUACACGUAGAAGACGGGAAUGUCGAAAUCUCUACGUCCAGGCUCCUUCUCCGAGGUGCAAGAGCAACCACUACCGAUGAGGCAGCCCUGUUCGAAGCAUUCUCAGAUCCCGAGGUGAUGAAAUACAUAAGACUACAAAGGGGUUCGGAUCCGCACACUUGCCUUGCAUCCACUGCGAAAUGGCUCUCUACGAUGCUCGAGUCUCGGCAGAACGGUGUCACAGACUUCCUCAUCACACUCACCACUUCGACUUCAGCACAUCAUCCCGUUGUCGUGGGCAAGAUCGGCGUCUGGAAAGACCAGGAGAUCGGAUUCUUCCUGGUCCGCAAAUACUGGGGCCAAGGUAUUGCACGAGAAGCGCUUGAUGCUGUCAUUCCUUACUUGUUUGGUGAGGCAGGGUUGAGCGAGAUUACGGCGGAUGUGGAUCCACGUAAUCAGUCGUGCUGUGGGCUAUUGAGGAAAGUCGGAUUUGUGGUAAACGGAUUCGAGGAGAAAACAUACAAGGUUGGGGAGACAUGGUGUGAUAGUCUUUACAUGAAAUUGGAGAAGGAGACAUGGCGAGAAAAGGUCGGUCUGAUCUAG